AGGACAUCUGCUGGUCACAACGAGAAACUCCAGUCAGAAGAACACAGUGCACGCACUUUUUAUGUCAAAUUAAGACUUAGAAGUCUUGGUUCAGUUGGUGGCAGUAAUGCAGCAUGCGCUGGUUUACAAGUGAACCUCACAUGAAGAAGAAGACUCUCACGUGACUGGAGUGUUUGUUCCCGUGAUCAGCUGUGAGAGAGUCAGAGCCCUGAUGGAUCAGCUGGAGUUCAACUCACACACUUCAGUCAGGUAAUGCGUUAGGCUUACAGCAGCUCAGGGCUCAUGCAAAGAAAAUUACUGCAUAAAGUCGUGGGAAGUGUGUCAUGCAUGCAGGAAUGAGAGGUUUAUCUGCAGUCAAAAAUAUCAAGAAAAUAAGGUUGUACAAAUAGCUGAAGGAGUGGCAGCCAGUGUUCCUCAUCCUUUAGCUUGUGUGGAUGGCAACAUCAGUUUCACACAAAAAUACUGCUGGACAGGUGACGUAUCGGGUGAUUCCGGUCUCAGAUCAGCAUCUGGAGAGUAGAGGUGAAGUCGGAGGGCUGGUUAAUGUGGUCCCUGCAUCCAACCUCCCUAAAUCCCAGCAGACAGUAAUUCAAAACUCUUUCAGUAAUGAAGACAGUCCUGCUGGAGAAGAUACCGGAGAGAAGACAGCCACGGCCGUGUCCGUACAAACAGCAGCUGAAACUACAUUCACGCAAACAGCAGGUCAAUUCUACGUGAUGAUGACUCCUUCAGAUGUUCUGCAUUCUGCCUCUCAGCGGACUUUAGCUCCACACACACAAAUGUACACUGUAGAUGAACACAACACACAUCAGCAUGAAGGUUUUAACUGGAAAAUGGACAGUCUGCGCACUCCUAGAGACGAGAGGAGAAGAGCACAACAUAAUGAAGUUGAAAGGCGACGGCGAGACAAAAUCAACAACUGGAUUGUGACGCUCUCGAAAAUCAUCCCAGACUGCAGCCUAGACGGCACCAAGACCGGAGCGAGUAAAGGUGGGAUCCUGUCAAAGGCGUGUGAUUACAUUGGCGAGCUGAAACAACAUAACCAGCGGCUGCAGGAGAGUUUGAGAGCAGUGGAGAGAUUGCAGAUGGACAAUGAGCAGCUCAGACGGCAGCUGAAGGAGCUCAAGAGUGAAAACGCCCUUCUUCGAGCACAGCUGGAGCAUCACGGCAUUGACAAGAUCGCAGACGCCUUGGCACAAUGAGCCUCAGACAUUCUGGAAAAGAGAUUCAGGCCAAUCCAGACGAAAAAAGGCCCUCGGAGAAAGACACAGGACUGAAGUGGGCCGAAUGACAUACGCCGGCUUGUGCUCAAGAGUCUGUCUCGGUGACCGAAUCCUCUUCAGCGCUGAUGUCUGAUAUAGUCAGGCUCGCUGCAGAUGAGGUCAAAGGUCAAGACGUUUCCAUUAGCACCGACACCAGGAGCCCAUAAUCCUAAAAACGGCUAUUUAUUCCUCCUAACUAAACAGUGGAGUAUAGUUAGACAGCUUUCAUUAUGUGUUUUAGUUUUCCCCGCUCUGUAAUGCACCCCAGACAUUUUCCUUUUGCUUUUCCUAAUUUUCCAGCUUUGUUGCUUUCAAUUUUGUCUUCAUGCUUUACUUGAAGUAUUAGUUGUUUGUUCAAUGCCUCGUUUAAUUUAAAAUUCUCCCGGAGAAAAUCUGCCGCUUUGUGGUGUUUCGGAAGGUCGUUACGGGGUGAAUGAAGCCGUGAUGAAAUGUCAUUAGCGCUUCCAGUGAAAUUUAGUGUUAAAAUCAGAACAAAAGCACCUGCGCGUACGGGUCUCGCUGAAAGAAAGCUCUGAUGCAAGAAAAUGAGCUCCGUCUGGGAUUAUUAGCUUCUUAUCUCGGAUCGCCUUCGGAAGACAGUUCGGAAAGCAUCGCCUAAUCUAAGAAGCAAAUGAGAAAAUAUUCACAAAGCCGCGGAGGAUGCUUUGUAGCUAAAUGCUGGACAUCUCAGGACUGAAGAAAUGUUUAUUAUUGUGUGUUAGAGGUUUAUUCUAUUAGCCUAACCUAAUCAGCAGGUCUAAAAGAGCUGAUAAACAUGAUGGACUGUAAGCAGGCCUGUUUGCAAUCCUCAAAAGUUACUGUUUUGUUUACUUGGUUGAUAGUGCCUGAACUUUUUGUGCCGUAUUUAUAUAAAUAGCUUUAACAGAAUAGUUUUGUUCCAGGCUGUUAUUUUUCGAAUAAUUCAAGUCACUCAAUUCACUAAUUAACCAUUGAUCUCAAAUCAAACACUUCAGCAAGAAACAUGAAAAUUAAUGAAAUUUCUAUAUUUUGAAAAAAUGACAAUAAAGACUCAAAGUA